CCGCGGUGUGGUGUUUCUACGAUAUAGUAGUAAUUUACGCGCAAGAAAAGCAGAAUGGGUUUAUCUAAUUUAGCUCUCUUCUCUAUUGUGGCAACGCUAAUACUCUGUUCAUCCUCUUUAGCAGAUGCUGGCGAUGCAACUACCAUUAUCGUUGGGGCUGGAAUGUCAGGCAUAAUGGCGGCAAAGACUCUGUUUGAGAAGGGGAUUAAGGAUUUUGUAAUAUUGGAGGCGACGAAUAGAAUCGGUGGAAGAAUGCACAAGAAGAUGGUGGGGGGGUAUCCAAUAGAGAUGGGUGCAAACUGGGUGCAAGGCGUAGGGUCACGAGAGAAUGUGAAUCCCAUCUGGACACUUGCUAACAAAUACAACCUCCUGACCUUUAAGUCUAACUAUGACAAUAUUAGUUACAAUAUUUAUGAUCAGGAGGGAGGCAUUUUGCCGCAGUCUGUAGUGGCAGAGCCAUACGAGAGAGCACUAGCAUCAUCGGAGUUUAGUGAAAAUCUGUCUCUAACAUUUAGAGAAAAUGGAGAGGAAGACAUCUCAAUCUUGGCGUCACAGCGCGUUUCCGGGCAUGUUCCAACGACACCUUUGGAGAUGGCCAUCGACUUUUUCGUCUAUGACUAUGAAACUGCUGAACCUCCACGUGUAACGAGCUUAAAGAACGUGGAGCCGAGUGCAACAUUUGAAGAUUAUGGAGUAGAUAAUUACUUCGUGGCAGACAGCCGAGGAUACGAGCAUGUUGUGCACAGAUUGGCCCAAGAAUUUCUCGAGUCUAGCAAUGGAAAGAUAAUCGACAAGCGGCUCAAACUAAAUAAGGUGGUGCGUAAAAUCGAGUAUGGUGAUAGUGGCGUAAAGGUCUCCACAGAGGAUGGUUCAGUUUACACUGCAAAGAACAGCAUUGUAUCCGUUAGCGCGGGAGUGCUGCAGACAAAGCUUAUCGAAUUUAAACCCGAUCUGCCUAUGUGGAAGCUGCUGGCAAUAUACAAGUGGGAUAUGGCGAUCUACUGCAAGAUCUUCGUGAAGUUCCCUUACAAAUUCUGGCCAACUGGAGGACCAGGCACCGAGUUCUUCAUGUACGUCCAUGAAAGAAGAGGUUACUACAAUAACUGGCAGCACUUGGAAAACGAGUACCCUGGAGGGAACCUUCUUAUGGUAACUGUAGUAGACGAGGAAGCGCGAAGAAUAGAACAGCAGCCUGAAGAGGACACUAAAACUGAAAUCAUGCAAGUUUUGAGAAAGAUGUUUGGCAAAAACAUUCCAGAGAUGUCUGAUAUCUUGAUUCCUAAAUGGGGACAGGAUCGCUUUUACAAGGGAACAUUUUCAAACUGGCCGAUUGGUGUUUCCGAGCAAGACUUUCACGAGUUAAAGGCAGCAGUUGGUCCUGUCUUCUUCAGCGGUGAACAUACGAAUCAAGAGUAUAAUGGAUAUGUGCAUGGUGCUUAUCUAGCAGGCAUUGACACAGCUAAUAUGGUGCUGGAUUGCAUUAACGAUGGUAACUGCGCUAACAAUUCAACACUCACAAAGAAGACGCCCGUACUCGCAGAUGCUCGCGCUCGUCCAGAGAUCAAACUGGGGAAGAUGUUUGGAACUCGGGCAAGAAGAAAGGCCCCAGUUGAACGAAAGUUUUCGGUUUGAGGGAGAAAAUAUUGAAACUUGAUUUAGAUAAAUCUGAAUUAUGUGUGUUAUUAUUGACUUAAUGAAUUCGGUGCAGGAUUGUAAUUUCUGGAAUUUGAUAUGGUGACAAUUUGACUCUGAUUCCGUAAAACAAUAUAUUUAAUAUUUGAUAAUUUUCAUGUUGGGUGAUAGUUUUAUCUUA